CGUCUGAGCGCGAGCGAGCGUGUGUUUUCUGGUCUCCGCCCCCUCCACUCUCUCUCUCUCCCCACGCCUCGCGCGCACUCACGCGCUUUACUCUCCUCGGAUUGUGUCCACUCUCUCCAUCUCCGUCACCCUGAGGGGCUCGUGAGGACUAUCCGCGCCGGAUCUCCGGCGGUCUGUGUGUUUGUAUGGGAUGCGCGCGCUCGGUCCGGGGCAGUGGCUGUGCAGUGAUGGCUCGCGGCUUCUGCGCGCGCUACUCCACCGUCGCGGCGCUGCUGGCGCUGCUGGCGCUGCUCCCGGGUUCCACUACAGCGGCCAGAGGAGGGAAUCGAGAUGGACUCUCUGCACUGACCGGAACGCUGCCCCACUUCCUGCAGGAGCCAGACGAUGCCUACAUCGUCAAGAGCAACCCAAUCAAGCUGCGCUGCCGAGCCCGACCCGCCCUGCAGAUUUUCUUCAAAUGCAAUGGAGAGUGGGUCCACCAGAACCAACACACCUCAGUGGAGCACACGGACCUGGGAACAGGUCUGAAGAUCCGUGAGGUGAUGAUCAAUGUGUCUCGGCAACAGGUGGAAGAUUUCCACGGUCCUGAGGACUACUGGUGCCUGUGUGUGGCCUGGAGUCACCUGGGCACCUCCAAGAGCCGUAAGGCCACUGUCCGCAUCGCAUAUCUGAGGAAGAACUUCGAGCAGGAGCCGCAGGGCCGGGAGGUGCCAAUCAAAGGCAUGAUCGUCCUCCACUGCCGCCCACCGGAGGGGGUGCCUCCAGCGGAGGUGGAGUGGCUUAAGAAUGAUGAGCCCAUCAGCACACUUGACGAUGUUAACAUUGACACUCGAGCAGACCACAACCUGAUCAUCAGUGAAGCUCGUCUCUCAGACUCGGGCAACUACACCUGUCUGGCCAGCAACAUCGUCGCUAGAAGACGCAGUGCCCCAGCAACUGUCAUUGUAUUUGUGAAUGGCGGGUGGUCAUCAUGGACGGACUGGUCAGACUGUAGUGUCCGCUGUGGGAGGGGCGUUCAGAGACGUUCACGCACCUGCACCAACCCUGCCCCACUGAAUGGGGGGGCCUUCUGCGAUGGCAUGUCUGUCCAGAAAAGCACCUGCAGCUCCCCCUGCCCAGUGGACGGCGGCUGGGCUAACUGGUCAGAGUGGUCAGUGUGCAGUGCGGAGUGUGAGAAGCAACGCGGCAGAGAGUGUACAGACCCUGAGCCCAAGCACGGGGGCAGACUGUGUGAUGGGGCAGCGCUGGAGACCGACAACUGCACCGGAGAUCUCUGUACUCAGGAUAAAAAGCUCCUGCAUGAUAUGAAGGUUCCUCCAGCUGAGGUGGAGGGCAACAAUGACAUUGCCCUGUAUGCCGGCUUAGCAGCAGGUGUGGUCACUGUGGUGCUGCUGGUCAUUGCAGUAAUGCUGUACAGGCGGAGCCAGAGUGAGUAUGGUGUGGACGUCAUUGACUCUUCUGCCCUGACCGGAGGAUUCCAGUCAUUCAGCUUUAAGAGCACCAGACAGGGUAACCCCCUCCUAAUGAACUCGUCCAUGCCGCCGGACCUCACCAUGUCCAGGACCUACACCAGCCCCAUCUGCUUCCCCGACUCCAUGGAUAAGGAGCUCAUGUCCGAGCCCUCGCUCUUUGACCCCUUGCCUGACGUCAAGGUCAAAGUUCACAGCUCCUUCAUGGUGUCCCUGGGCGUGUCAGAAAGGGCGGAGUAUCACCCCAAAGCCCCACCCCAGACCUUCCCCCGGGGGGUGGUGCAGGAUCUGGCCGGAAGGGGCGGGAUGCUGGGGGGGAGGGGCAAUAGUUUGCUCGGCCCGAGUUUGGGGUUUCAGCCGCGGACGUCUGCUGAAAAACCCCUCCUCAGGACCACCGGGCUGUUUGGUCAUGGUGGAGGACGACUGGUGCUGCCAAACACAGGUGCGAGUUUGCUGGUUCCUCAUGGGGCGAUUGCAGAGAACACAAGCUGGGAGAUGCAUAUGAGCAUCAAUCAAGACGACACCUGUGUCUCAUUAGAAGAGUCUCAGGAGGUUCUGUUAGGGCCGGAGGUCUCGUAUGGUCCACCAGGGCUGGACCUGUCAUGUCCCGUCGCCUUGACAAUCGCGCACUGUGCAGAUGUGAGCUCGGACGACUGGAGCAUAAAACUGAGGAGACAAACGCAGGACAGCUGGGAGGAUGUGAUGUCCGUGGACGGCGAGUGUGCCUCCUGUUACUGCCUGUUGGAGCCUCAGUGCUGCCACCUCCUGGUGGACCGUCCAGGCUGCUACGCUCUGGUGGGGGAGCCGCUGAGCGAGGCCGCAGUGAAAAGGCUCCGCCUCGCUGUGUUCGGCAGCCUGGAGGCCGACGCCCUCACCUACAGCCUCCGCGUUUACUGUGUGGACGACACACCGCACGCCUUCCAGGAGGUGGUGUGGUUGGAGCGAGGUCAGGGUGGGCGCCUCCUGGAGGAGCCCAAGACCCUGCUGUUCAGGGGAAACUCCUUCAGCCUGCAGAUCUCCAUCCAGGACAUCCCACAGUUCCUCUGGAGCAUCAAACCCUUCACCACCUGUCAGGAGUUUGGCUUCUCUCAGGUUUGGGGCAGUAAUCAGUCUCCUCUGCAGUGUGCCUUCACCCUGGAGCGCUUUAGCCACGCAGCCAAUCAGCUCUCCUGCAAAAUUAGUGUCCGGCAGGUCAAAGGUCAAGAGCUGAUCUUGCAGGUCUACACCACUGUGGCUGAGAGCCAAAAGGACACAGUGCCAUUCUUCACCCAGUCGGACUGUACCAUUACCUCUCAGACGGGCGCCAGGGCUUUCAAAAUCCCCCUCUCCAUCCGCCAGCGCAUCUGCGCCACCUUCGACACAGCCAACGCCAAGGGCAAGGACUGGCAGCUCCUAGCUCAGAAACUGCACAUAGACAGGAACCUGGUUUAUUUUGCACAACAAACAAGUCCAUCAGCUGUCAUUCUCAGCCUGUGGGAAGCUCAGCACCAGGACAGAGGAGACCUGGACUCUCUGGCGAGUGCUUUAGAGGAAAUCGGUCGGGUCCAUUCCAAACUUCCAGGUGUGGCAGCUACCCUGGACCACCCCAAACACCUGACCAUCAUGGGAAACCUAAACCACACCAAGCACCCAACCAUUACAGGUGCACUGGGCCAGUCUAAGUACUUGGCAAGCAUGUGUAACCUGAACCAGUCCAAUCACCCAAGUAACCCUCUCACCCUCAACCACUCUAAACACCCAUCUUGCAUGGGUACACUGGACCAUUCCAAACACCUGACCAUUGCUGGAACUUUGGACCAACCCAACCACUCCAACUACUCAAAUAACAUGAGUACACUGGACCAGCCCAAACAACUGGCCAUUACUGGUACCCUGGACCAGCCCAAAAAUCCAGCUAACACUGGCACCCUAGAACACUCCAAAGACUUGACAAAUGUUGGUACCCUUGACCAGUCCAGACACCCAGUUCACACAGGUACAUUGGACCAUCCCAAACAGCUGACCUUUGCUGAUAACAGUGACCAGUCCAAACAGACAGCUAAUUCGGGCACCCUGGACCAUCCCAAACAGCAAGCCUUUUCUGAUACCAUAGACCAGUCCAAACACACAGCUAUGGGCAACCUGGACCAGCCCAAACAGAUGACCAUCACUGGUACCAUGGAGUCCAGAAACUGUGAUAUUCUAAACCUGGAACAAUCCAUACAUCCCUCCAUCAUGUCCACAUUGGAACACUCCAAACAUCAUGCCACAAGCGGAACCCUAGACAUCAGCAGGACUCCUCCAUCGAAUGCUACUGUUGGCCACUACAAUGAUGAUCUAGACUCCGAUCACACCUAGUAGCCAUUGCCCCACAAAUGAACAUCCAGUAGAGAACCUUCCUGGAAAAAGAGGCAAGGUAGAUGACAGUAUCAGGGGUUGCUGUGGGUCAUCAGACAUCCCACUUUGAGGACAGUUGCUCUUCCCUCUAUUUGACUUCUAAGAAAACAGGGUUUAAGAGACUCAAAGUGAAAUGUGAAUGGACAGAUAGGCUUGGUGAUGCACUGGCUUGGGGUGUGCAGUGUACAAGACACACUUUCUUGGUCUCAGCCCAUUUUUUCGAAAAUGAUUUAUAGCUACAUCUGGAUGAUGUCAUACCGUGGCCUACCUAAAAAAAUUUGAACCAGUGAAAUUCAUUUGGUGAAAUGAGCAUAUCAGAACAGGAGCCUUGAACCUGGAUGAUCUUACACUUUUUCAGCCCUGCUCUGCACCCUUCAUCCACUAUGCCCCCUAUUGGCAGUCUAAAUGCUUUAGUGUAUUGUGAAGUCAGUCUUUCUUUUGGAAGUUUUUCCUUGGGCAUCUUUUCAGUCAAAUCCAAACCCAUCAUUGGCAACUCUUUGGCUAAAGACACCUUUAAAAAGUAGUAACAGAGUACAAACAAGCAGACUAUUGGUGAUACCCUGGACCAGUGCAAGAGGAGAGGCAGUGGAGAAACAGGAUGCGGGAAUAGAAGUUGGCAAACAAUCCAGCCUAUCCCCUUGCAACCCCUUGCAAAUCAUGAAAUGAUUUGAAGAGCCGUGAUAUGGGACUACCACCUUGAGCAUGCAAUUUCACCCUUUACGAUUCUCCCGUCUCCUGAGGGUGACUAUGAACAAACAUCUCCAAAAGCCCUGCGAGCCUGUCCCUCAAAAGUAGGACGUCUGGAAGAUGAGUGGCGGCACAAGAGGGGGGCAGUUUUGGAUUAUUAGUGUACACACACAGGCUAGUCACGUCUGUCCCUGUGUCUCCACCGGACCUUUUUUUCGGACACUUUUUGUCAUAGAUCCAAAACAAAGAUAAAGUGAAGUGUUAUUAUCUGUAUGUAUAUUGGUUUAAUUAUUAUUAUUUUUAUUAUACAUAUUUGAUCUCAGAUUGCAGAUUUUGAGGCCAGUGUUAUAGAGCAUUUAAACAUAUCACGCUACUUACAGCAACUUAGACAAACUGUGAUUGUGUGUACAUACACAUACAUACACAAACACACACACACAAACACACCCAAAGACACCAGAAACAGAAUGACAUAUCAGUAUGUCCUCGUUCAAGCCUGGCGUUAAAAUACUUCUUGGGUGAUCCGAUCAAUCUGAUCAGUAGUGGACAGCCGUAACUACAGGUAUCAGAGAUGUUCAAGUCAAUUCAUGUGAGUGGAGUCUCAAAUCUCUGGGGUGCAAGUCCUGGUUGAGUCUUGAGUCUCUUGAGUGCGGCUGUAAAUCAGGUCUUGAGUCUUCAGUAGAGAAUUUUUGUUUCGUCUAGUUGCUUCAGGCAUUGCAUUGUACAAAAAUAAACCUGUCAGAGUUUCACAAAACAAGUCUUCUAUUGUAGAAAAACCUUUUGUCUGAAGAAUGGGGUGUUUAAAGGAACUAGGCAAAAUAAUUUGAAAUGGUUGGAUAGUCUACAGUGUAUAAAAGUGCAUAGGCUAGCCAGCGAGUACAAUUAAGGUUAAGAUUAAGUGACCCUUAUUAGUCCCACAAUGGAGAAAUUUCACCUCUGCAUUUAGCCCAUCCAUGCAGUGAAACACCACAUACACACUAGUGAAGACACACUUG